GAUCGAGGCUGGAUCGCUUGCUGUGAUUGUCACUGCGUAGGACUUAAGUCGGGAGCCCACUGGCUCUGCUGACCAGUGAGCGCCAACAAUGGACGGAGCAGCAGUGGCGGACGGCCGGAGCGCCGCCGACCGCCGGCGAGAGGCGCGCCAGAGGAAGAUCCUGGAGAACGCCCAGAGCCGCAUGAGCCGACUGUGUGGCCGGAGUGAUGCUGCCGAGCCCGUCAGAAAUCACGCGCCGCCGGCGGAGGAGCUGGUGGGACCGGCGGAGGCGGCCGAGGCGUGCCCAGACCCACCCGACCAGCCCAUUCACGAGAUUCUGCGCCGAGCCCAGCGGGACGCCGGGUGGCCGGCCGGCGCGCCGCCGCCCAACGUGGAGGACCUGUUCCGCCAGCUGAACGGUCAGGCCCCGCCGGCCGGCGUGCCUGGGGACGCCACUGAUGGACUGCGCAGUGCGUCGAUGUCCAGCGUUUGGUGGCAGCGGUGGGAUCAGCACCGCUGGGUGGUCGUGGCUCUGCUGGCGCUGCUCACCCGGCUGUCGGUGCUCGCCGGCCUCGGGGCCCUCAUCAGUCAGAACGUACUGGUGCCUUUCUUCGUGUUAGAGACGACCUCCUACGUUAUACGGCUCUGUUCAGUGCCGCUGCGACCCAACAUGGGCCUCCUAGGUACGGCCUUGAUGCUCUGCGGUGUUUCGCCCCGAACGCUGGACCUGUGGGGACGCUACAUCACGUUCCUCUCGCAAGCCUGGAACGACUUCAUGGUGUACGCCUUCGUCCUGGUGCUCAGCUUCAGGAUGAUCUCUCCGGCGGCCGUGCCCGAAACCACAGGUUCCGCGGGUCAGCCAGCGGCGGCGCCACCGUCUACGACGCCGCCUCCGCCCAUCGAUGAGUUGGAGUUUGAAUUUUGAUGGCGAAUUACGUCUAAAUGUCUCCAAUCCAACGACGGCGUAAUAGCAAGCGUGUUGUGUCGACGCCAUGGUGAUGUCUGGCGCUGUUUGACUGUGGCGUCAGCCGUGAUCCGACCGGCUCCCCUUCUCAAGCGUCCGGCCGCCGACGGCUGCUCCGUCAGAGGCCCGUCUGCCCCGCUUGGGAGGCCGUGACCUGACCGGCUCCCCUUCUCAAGUGUUCGGCCGCCGACGGCUGCUCCGACAGAGGCCCGUCGGUCCCGCUGGGGAGGCCGUGACCCGACCGGUUCACCUCUCAAGUGUUCGGCCGCCGACGGCUGCUCCGUCAGAGGCCCGUCUGCCCCGCUGGGGAGGCCGUGCCCCGACCGGUUCACCUCUCAAGUGUUCGGCCUCCGACGGCUGCUCCGACAGAGGCCCGUCGGCCCCGCUGGGGGGGGGGGGGGGCCGUGACCCGACCCGCGUAUGACGCCCUCAGGCUUAUAACAAUAUACCACGGAGAUGA